UGUGGGGAGCAGCCGUAGGAGCAGGGGCCGGGACGGGCAAUGCCCUGGGGCUGCGUUGGGGAAGACGAGGAUUGUGCUCGAGCUAUGAGCAGGGCGACUGGCCGCGGGGUGCCCGGGCUGCGUGGGGCCGAACUGGCGGCGGAGCGGCCGGGCCGCUGUGUGGGGCCCAGCAGGUCGGGGCGCGGAGUUCGGCGGCCAUGGGGGAAGCGCUGGGGCGCAGGGUCGUCCCGAGGCAGUGGAGCGCGGCGCCAGGCGAGGUCCUCGGUAUGGGAGACGAGCUGUGUGAGUGCAGAAAGGCUGCAGGACUGUCGGCGGCCAUGGGGGAGAAGACGAGCCGAAGAGACAGCCGAGGCCGCGGGCGCGAACGCGGCCUCCGGGACACCUGCCACUGCAGGCUCGACUGAGGCUGCAGGGGACCCUGGGACGGUGUGGGUGAACGGGGCCGUGGGGGAACCGCAGGUGGUGGGGCCUGCCGGGUCUGUGUGGGUGACUGGCACUGGGGAGGAGGAGGAGACAGUGUAUCGGAGUCCCCGGUGCUGUGAGAGAAAAGGUCGUCCGGGAUCUAUGGGGCAUGAGAGCAUUCUGGAAUUGUGGUUGAAGGUGCAGGCUAUGAGGGCGGCUUCGGGAUGUGGGGAAGGAAGCAGAGUCGAGCUUCAUCCUGUGCCUGCAGGAGGGGGACCAGUUGAAAGGGGUGUUCCUGGCCGGGCUUCAUGGGUGGAGACCAGCCGCGUGGGUCUCACAGGACCGUGGGUGAAAGGACAGGCCGGGGCAGUCCCCCGGGCCACAGGAGUAUCUACAGCUGCAGGCCUAGGGGCAGGUUGUGAGAGGACCUCAGGCUCGUGUGGGCAAGGACAGGCUGUGAGGGUGCUUCCUGUGGGUGUUCCUGGGACUCUGGAGACAAGCUCAGGGGUUGCCCCGCACCUGCUGGGGAGAGGACAAGCGGUGGGGGUGCCUGGGGCUGGAGAGAAGGUAGGCUAUGGGGUUGCCCCAGGUCCUUGGGGAAAAGGACCCACUAUGGGGGUGCCUGGGGCCAUGGAGUGGCCUGAGGCUGUGGAGGUACCCAGAGCUGUAGAGGGAGGGAUAGGCUAUGGGGGUGCUCCGGGUCUGUGGGAGAGAGGGCAGUCAGUCCAGGUGCCUGGGGCUCCGGCUCAAGAGGCAGCCUGUGGCGAUACCCCAGGCUUAUGGGGAAGGGGACAGGCUGCGGGGGUGCCUGAUGCUGUGGAGGAAGAAACUAUCUCUGUGGGUGCCCCAGGCAUGUGGCGGAGGAGACUAGCUGUGGAGGAGACAGGCCCUGGGGGUAUUCCUGGCCUGUGGGGUAGUACUCCACAGCCUGUAGGAGUGCCUUGUGCUAUUGAAGAGGAAGCUAGAUUUGGGGGUGAUCCAGGAUUCAGGGAAAGGGGACAGGCUGUGUGGGUAGAGACAGGCUCUGGAGGUGACCCAGGAUCAUGGGAAGCUGCACAGACUGCAGAGGUAUCUGCUCCUGAGGAGCAUGAGGCAGGGCCUGGGGGUGCUCCAGGCCUUUGGGGUGUAGGGCAGGCGAUGGGAGUACCUAGGGCUUUGGGGAAGGAGACAGGCUGUGGGACUGUCCCCAGGCUGUGGGAGACAGAACAGCCUGUGGGGGUGUCCCAGGCGGUGGUGGUACCGGGAGCUGUGGGAGAGCAGACAAGCUGGGAUGGCGGUAUCCCAGGCCUGUGGGGUAGGCAGCAGGCUCUGGGGGUGCCUGUGGCUGAUGUAGUGCCGGGGGUUGUUGGGGAGGAGACUUGCUGUGGGAAUGUCCCGAGUCUGUGGGAGAGGAGGCAGACUAUGGGGGAGCAAGGGGCUCUGGUGCCUACAGUUUUAGGGGUACCUGGGCCUGUGGAUCAAGAGACUGCCUACGGGGAUGUUUCAUGUCUGUGCAGGAGGAGACAGGCUGUGGGGUUGUCUGAGACAGUGGGGAUACCUGAGGCAGCAGGUGUGCCCAAGCACAGGUGUGCCCCAGCAGGAGUACCGUCAGCUAUGGGUGUGCCUGGGUCUGGAAGAGUGCCUGCCAGGGCACCUGCUGCUGUGUGGGUGUCUGGCCCUAUGUGUCAGGAAAGCAGUUCUAGAGAUGUCUUGAACCUGUGGGAAAGGAUUCAUACUGCUGGGAUACCCAUGGCUUCAGGGGUCCCUGUGGCUCCUGAGGAGCUGUGGUCUGUGGGAGAGGAUCCUGGUUCUGUGGCUUUUCCAGAAUCAUGGGCAAGGAGACAGGUUAUUGGAAUUCCUGGGACUGACAGGGUUUCUGUAGCCCCUGAGGUACCUGGGCCUGUGGGGGAGGAGACUGGCUCCGGGGGUGUCCUGAGAUCUUGGGGAAGGAGACAGAGUGCCAGGGUUCCUAUGGCUGCUGAGGAGCCCACGGCUCCUAGAGUGGCUGGUCCUCUGGGGGUGGAGACUGGCUCUGGGGGGUUCUCAUGCUUGCCAGGAAGGAGACAGAAUGCAGGAGUGCCUGUGGCUGCAGGGCUGUCCACCGCUGGUGGGGUGCUGGUGGCUCCCAGGGCACCUAGGUGUUUACGGGAGGAGACUGGGUCUAGAGGUGUCUCAGGUUUAUGGGGAGAGAGAGAGACAGUGCGAGGACUGGCAGAUGGCAAGGGUCACACAGGGAUGGGGAUGCCCACCACUGCCAGGAUGCCUGGGCCCAUGGGGGAAAAGAUGGGCCCUGGGGGCAUCUCAGGCUUGUCUGGAGGGAGAGAGACUGCAGGGGUAUCCAUGGCUGUGGGGCUGCGCACAGCCACGGAGGUGCCUGGGCCAAGCAGGGAGGAGACAGUCUCUGGAGGUCUCUUGGGCUUAUCGAGAAGGAAACAGAUUGCUGAGAUGCCUGUGGCUGCUAGAGUUUCCAUGGCUAUGGGAGUGCCCACAGCUGCUGGGGUCCCUGGGCCCAUGGUGGGUGAUACCAGCUCUGGGGAUGUCUCAGCUGUAUGGGGAAGGAGGUCAGCAACUGAGGUGUCCGCUGCUGCCCGGGCUCCAGGACCUGUGGAUGGGGAGAUCGGCUCUGAAGGUGUCUCAAGCCUGCGUAGAAGGAGACCCGAUGGAACAGUCCCUGAGGCUGUGGGGGUACCUCUGUCUUUGGGAGUGCUUGCAGCUGUAGGAGUCCCCAUGGCAGGGCGUGUGCCUGCUGCAGUGUGGGUGACUGGGUCUGCAGGCGAAGAAAUGAAUGCGGCUGUCUCAGGCCUCACAGUGGUGAGGAGUCAGUCCAUAGAGGGACCUGGGCCUUCAGGGGAGGAGACAGGAGGCGGAAGUAGCCUGGGACUGACGGGGAGGAGCCGGGCCGUGGGGGUAUCUUACACAUGUGGACGUGGGACCAGGUUAUGGAGCUGCCCAAGAUCUGUGGGGGAAGGAGCAGACUAUGAAGAUGUGCCAGAAGUGUCAAGGACAAGAAGGACUAGGGGAGUGAAUGAAGCUGCGGAAGUGCCGCCAGUUUCAAGUGAGGAAACGGACAUUGGCCGUUUCAGAGAUCAUUUACAGCAGAGUGGGAGGAGACAGACCGGAGGAGUUGGAGUGAGGGGGAGCAAUCUGGGAGAAAAUUAUGUCGGGGAGGACAGAUUGAGGGGAAUGUUCCAGUAGU